AGCACUUCCAAGUUCCAACGUUCCAGAAAACCCACAACUAAUUUGACUAAAUCCAAUCUUGAUUGUAUUACAACGGUACUCAUAUUCCAUCCAUCUAAUAUUUCAAAGUGAUUAAACUAAAGCAAAUUAAGCGCAGCAGCCUUCUUCGUAAAGUCCCAAAACAAAAGAGAAAUGGCUUCUUCUUCUUCUUCUUCUUCCAAGGCGUUUCUUCUUUCUACAUCUAUGCUGAUCUCUGUAACACUUCUCGUAAUUUCUCUUCAUUUUUCCACCGUGAAUUCAUCCGAGUUCGCGGUUGGAGGCGGUCGUGGAUGGGUUGUUCCUCCGGCGAAAAACAGUGAUUACUACAAUGACUGGGCUUCAAGAAAUCGGUUUAAAGUCAAUGACACCCUAAGUUUCAAAUUUGGAAAAGAUUCGGUUAUGGUGGUGGAUGAGGGAGAUUACAAGAAAUGCAAAUCAGUCCAUCCCUUGUUCUUCUCAAACAAUGGCAACCACACUGUGUACACAUUGGAUCGACCCGAUCUUUUCUAUUUCAUAAGUGGAGUUUCAGGCCACUGUGAAAAAGGGCUCAAGAUGAUCAUCAAGGUCUUAGACACCGAAUCUCCUCAUCACUCAGCUAAUGAUCGAUCUGCAAAUGGUGCAAUCUCGUCAUUGUCCUCAUCACACUCGAUUCAUGUAACAAUUUUUAUUUUAGCAUUCUUUCAGGCAGUUUUCAUGUAAAUGUUUUGUUUCGUUAUAUUAGUUAAUUUUAUCGGUACCAUAAUAAGAGGGAUAUUUUGGUGAAUUGAUCAUUCCUUUAUCUAACUAGUUUCACAAUAUAUACUAUAUAUAUUAUGGAAUAUGGAUGAAUGAAGUGCUAUUUUUUUU